AUGACGGAUGGUCAGCAGGGCUCUGCAGCGAUAGGCAUCGACCUCGGGACGGCGUGGUCGUGCGUCGGCGUGUACCGGCACGGCCGCGUGGAGAUCAUAACCAACGAACAUGGCGGCCGGAUGACGCCGUCAUACGUGGCAUUUACCGACACGGAGAGGCUCGUCGGCGACGCGGCCAAGAACCAGGCCGCCCGGAACUCCACCAACACCAUCUUCGGUACGAAGCGCCUGAUUGGAAGGAGAUUCAGCGACGCGUCCGUGCAGGCCGACAUGAAGCUCUGGCCGUUCAAGGUCAUGGCUGGCCGAGGCGACAAGCCAAUGGUCGCGGCGAACUACAAGCGCAAGCAGAAGCUUCUCGCCCCGGAGGAGAUCGCGUCGAUGCUGCUCGCAAAGAUGAAGGGGGACGCUAAGGCCUACCUCGGCGCGCCAGUUACCAACGCCGUGGUUACGGUGCCCGUGUCGUUCGAUAUCCUCCAGCGCCGCGCUACCAAGGACGCCCUCGCCAUCGCGGGGCUCAACGUCAUCGGCGUCAUCCAUGAGCCCGUGGCCGCGGCCGUGGCCUAUGGCCUCCACGAAAGCACGGAGACGAAAAACGUGCUCGUCUUCGAUGUCGGGGGUGGUACCACUAGCGUCGCACUCCUAGCGAUCUCUGCGGGCAAGAUCACCGUCAGGGCUACCGCCGGCGAUCCCCACCUCGGCGGCGAGGAUUUCGACAGGCGUAUGGUCGAGCACUUGGUGGAGCAGUUCAAGACAGAGUGCAAGAAAGAUGCCAGUGGCAGCGCCAGGGCUCUGGUAAGGCUGAGGGUGGCCUGCGAGCAUGCGAAGAGGACGCUCUCGUCGGCGACGUGGGCUCCCAUCGAGAUCGACUGUUUGCUCGACGGCAUCGACUUCCGCACGGCCGUCACCCGCGACCAGUUCGAGGACCUGAACAUGGACCUGUUCUGCAAGUGCAUGGAGCCCGUCAAGAAGUGCCUCGGCGACGCCAAGGUUGAGAGGAGCGACGUGCACGAGGUCGUGCUCGUCGGCGGGUCCACCCGAAUACCCCGCCUGCGGCGUAUGCUGCAGGACCUGUUUGAUGGCAGAGAGCUCCGCAAGGACAUCAAUCUCGAAGAGGCGGUGGCUCGAGGAGCUGCCAUCCUCGCUGACAUGGCGAGCCGCGUGCCCGGCAGCGACUUGCUGAACCUGUUCCUGCUAGACACCACGCCGCACUCGCUCGGCGUCGAGGCGGCCGGCGGUGCAAUGGCAGUGAUCGUCCCGAGGAACACUGCCAUUCCCAUCCGCAGGGAGCAGAACAUUUCAAUCCAGUCCCAUCACAAGAGAAGCGUCGUCUUGUCGGUGUUUGAAGGGGAGAAUGGCACUGCAAGGGACAACAGCUUGCUCGGAGAGCUCAAGCUUUCGGCUGGAGAUGGAGCCAAGCGCCAGAUUUCAGUGCGCUUCGACAUCGAUGCUGACGGCGUCCUGACGGUGUAUGCGACGGACAAUGCGGCCAAGCGUAUGCGCCAGAUGAAGUUCAUGGACAAAGGUCAGCUGAGCAAGAACGAGAUCAAGCGGAUGACCGAGGAGGCAGCGGAGUACAUGGCAGAGGAUGCGGGGAAUAGGGAGAGGGUCAAGGCAAAUAAUUUGCUCGAAGAAUACUUGUACAAGAAGCGCCGUGCCAUCGAGGUUGAGCGGAGGAAGGCUGAAGAUGCUCUUUCCGCCGUGGAACUGAUGAUUCAGCAGGUGCACAGCGACCAGGUCUCAAGCGCCAGAAAGUUCCUAGACGAUUUGGAUAGGCUCAAGCUAGAGAGUAGCACCACUGCUGGUAAGCAGGUUGGUGCGUAA